AGGACCCAAUUACCGAAAGCGUUCUUUUUGUGAGUGCGUUUUUCUUAUUUCUGCCGUAUUACAAACUACAAACUAUGCAUCUCUACAAUGCAUGGCUUCCACCGCCGCUCGCCGCCCAAACCGCCGCCGAGAGGGACUCAUUCCGCCGUGUCAUCUCCGACGUCUCCGCCUCCUUCCGCCCUGACGAUCCCGAAUCCGUCUUCUCCACUCUCAAAUUCAUCUCUGUCCUUGACCUUUUUAUAAAGGCCAAAAGUGAUGUAGCUUUGGAAGAUGUCGAAGCCCUUAUUCAGAUGGGCCUUGAACUAUUUCACUUGUCCCGUAACAAGCUUUAUGCACAGGUUAGAUGGGGAAAUUUGUUAGUCAGACUACUCAACAAAUAUAGGAAAAAGAUUGCAUUGAGUAUUCAGUGGCGGCCUUUGUAUGAUACGUUGAUCAGCACACAUUUUACUAGAAGUACAGGUCCAGAAGGUUGGAGAAUAAGACAACGACACUUUGAAACUAUAACUACCCUUGUUCAGUCCUGCCGGAGAUUCUUCCCAUCAGGUUCUGCCUUUGAGAUAUGGUCUGAGUUUAAAUCUUUAUUGCAAAACCCAUGGCAUAAUUCAUCCUUUGAGGGAUCUGGGUUUGCAAGACUAUUCCUUCCUAUGAACGAGGACAAUCAGGACUUUUAUUCACAUGGUUGGAUUGAAGAAUGUAUAGACUUGUGGGGAUCUAUACCAAAUUGCCAAUUCUGGAACAGUCAAUGGGCAGAUGUGGUAGCCCGGGUCAUAAAAAAUUACCACAAUCUUGAUUUGGAGUGCUUUCUGCCUUUGCUUUUUGCCAGAUACUUGAAUAUGUUUGAGGUUCCUGUGGCAAAUGGCAGUGGAUCUUAUCCCUAUUCAUUGGAUGUCCCAAGGAACACGAAGUUCUUAUUCUCCAACAAAAGUUCCACUCCUGCGAAGGCUAUAGCCAAAACAAUUGUAUAUUUAUUAAAACCUGGUAGUUCAUCACAACAGCACUUUGAGAAGUUGAUCAACAUUUUGGAGCAAUACUAUCAUCCCUCGAAUGGUGGUCGAUGGACUUACUCAUUGGAGCGAUUUUUGUUUCAUUUGGUGCUUCAAUUUCAGAAGCGCCUGCAGAACGAACAAGUGGGCACAAAAAAUAGCAAACCAAUUGAACAACAUCUUGGGAGAUCAGAGAGGGUCUUCUUUGUUAAUUCUGUGCUAAAGUUAAUUGAUCGGGGACAAUACAGCAAGAAUGAGCAUCUCUCUGAGACAGUAGCUGCAACAACUUCGAUAUUAUCCUAUGUGGAACCCUCUUUGGUUCUACCAUUUGUGGCAUCUCGGUUCAGAAUGGCCCUUGAGACGAUGACUGCCAUCCACCAGUUGAAAAUUGCAGUUAUGUCAGUGGCAUUUGUUGGACGUUCACUAUUUUUUACGUCCGUAUCAGCUUCCUCAAAGAAACAAGUUGAUCUUGGUGGUGAUGAUGAAACAUUAAUUGAUCUUAUGGGGGUUUCAUUAUCGAAUGCAUUACUUGGCAUGGAUGCUAAUGACCCUCCGAAGACCUUGGCUACCAUGCAGUUAAUUGGUUCCAUCUUUUCAAAUUUGGCUUUAUUGGAUGAUAAAAUUGAUGACUUGUCACUUAUGCCGAUGAUACGUUUCUCUGAAUGGCUGGAUGAGUUCUUAUGCCGUCUCUUUUCCUUACUUCUACACUUGGAACCAAGCAGUGUUAUAAAUGAAGGUCUUCACUCUUCAGCAGCAUCAGGGACUUUUCUGGUUGAUGAUGGUCCAUACUACUUCUGUCUGCUUGAAAUUCUGCUUGGGAGGCUUUCAGAAUCACUUUAUAAUCAGGCUUUGAAGAAAAUUUCCAAGUUUGUGAGGACAAAUAUUCUUCCUGGUGCUAUGGCUGAGGUUGGACUGCUCUGUUGUGCAUGCGUACACUCAAACCCAGAAGAAGCAGUUAGUCAACUCGUUGAGCCAAUAUUAGCAUCUGUGAUAUCCUCCUUGAAAGGAACACCACACACUGGAUUUGCAGGAGGAACCUUUUAUGCUUCUUCAACCAAGAAUAGAUCCACAAUUUCACCAGCUCUUGAGGCUGCAAUCGACUAUCAAUUAAAAAUAUUAACAGUUGGCAUCACUUUUGGCGGUCCGGCAAUACUCCGCUAUAAGGAUCAAUUUAAAGAAGCUGUCUUCUUGGCUUUUGACUCACCAUCCUGGAAGGUUAAUGGGGCUGCUGAUCAUCUUCUCCGAUCCCUUCUUGGAAGUCAGGUUCAUUAUUAUCCAAUAGAUCAGUACAGAUGUGUUCUCAGUCAUCCUGAUGCUGCUGCUCUAGAAGAAUGGAUUAAUUCAAAAGAUUUUACUGCAGAUGAAAGAUUGACCCCGAAGUGGCAUAUUCCUUGUGAUGAAGAAGUUCAGUUUGCAAAUGAGCUUUUAGACAUUCACUUUAAGUCAGCUUUGGAUGAUCUGUUAAAAAUAUGCGAAACUAAAAUGCAUGUGGAUCAAGGGGAUGAGAAAGAGCACUUGAAAGUGACUCUCUUACGAAUUGAGUCAUCAUUGCAAGGACUUUUUUCUUGCUUGCCUGAUUUUGUCCCAAAUUCAAGGAAUGGGAUGGCUGAUGAUUCAGAUCAUAAGUUUCUAAUUGCUGGAGCAACAGGAUGUACUGUUGGCAGUACCGCUUUGCGAGAAAAAGCUGCUGAGAUUGUACAUACAGCCUGCAAGUAUAUUCUGGAGAAAAAAUCAGAUGACAGCAUCCUUUUGAUACUCAUUAUACGCAUUAUGGAUUCUUUAGGAAAUUAUGGUAGUUUGGAAUAUGAUGAGUGGUCGAGUCACAGGCAGGCUUGGAAGUUUGAAUCUGCUGCCAUAGUAGAACCUCCGGUUAAUUUCAUUGUGUCAAGUCGUUCUAAAGGAAAGAAAAGACCGAGGUGGGCUCUUAUUGACAAGGCAUUCAUGCACAAUACGUGGAGAUCUUCACAAGCAUCCUAUCAUCUUUAUAGAACAAGUGGGAAUUUCAGCCCAUCAGAUCAUGUGACCCUUUUGGCGGAUGAUUUGUUGAGUCUCUCUUUGCAUAGCUAUGAAACAGUGCGCCUGCUUGCAGGAAAAGCUCUAGUGAAGCUAAUCAAGAGAUGGCCGUCUAUGAUCUCUAAGUGUGUUAUCACCCUUACCAACAAGUUGCAGGAUUCCAAUGCCGAGGAAUAUGCAGUGCUGGGUUCUUGUUCGGUCCUUGCCUCACAAACGGUUCUUAAACAUUUGACUACGGAUCUGAAGUCAUUCUCUUCAUUUAUCAUGGCCAUUCUCUCAAGUUCUCAUCAUGAAUCCUUGAAAGCUCAGAAAGCAAUUAAUGAGCUUUUUGUAAAGUACAACAUCCAAUUUUCUGGAGUAUCUAAAAGCUUUUUUAGGAUAUCAGACAAAGACAACCAUACUUGUGGACUGGGAUUUUCAGAUUUGGUUUCUCAGAUUGGCUCUAUGAGUUUUGAUUCCACUGGCUUGCAUUGGCGGUAUAAUUUAAUGGCUAACAGAGUUUUGCUCUUGCUAGCUUUGGCUUCUCGGAACCACCCAAAUUCAUCAACUAGAAUCCUGAGUGAAACAGCUGGCCACUUUUUGAAGAAUUUGAAAAGUCAACUUCCUCAGACAAGGAUACUUGCAAUUUCGGCUUUGAAUACGCUCUUAAAGGAAUCACCGUACAAGCUGUCAGCUGGUGAGAAAUCUGCUGUACUCGAGGAUUUGCAAGGCAAUGCCAAGUCAUCUCUUGAAGAAGCUUUAACUCACACCUUUCAGGAAGAGGGUUUCUUCAACGAGACACUCAAUAGUCUUUCUCAUGUUCAUAUCAUAAGUGAUUCUGAAAGUGCUUCUAGAGGAGGUCAUGGAGAUUCCAGUUUCCAAAGCUUGGCUGACAAAUCUAUAACCCGCUUCUACUUUGAAUUCUCGGCUUCAUGGCCACGCACUCCAAGUUGGAUCUCAUUUUUUGGGAGUGAUACAUUCUACUCAAGUUUUGCACGUAUUUUCAAGCGGCUUGUACAAGAAUGCGGCAUGCCAGUUGUAGUGGCGCUAAAAGGCGCUGUAGAUGAGUUUACAACUGCCAAGGAGAGGUCUAAACAAUGUGUAGCUGCUGAAGUAUUGGCGGGUGUGUUACACUCUGAUGUUGAUGGUCUAUUGGGAGAGUGGGAAAACUGGCUCAUGCCUCAGUUGAAGAAUAUCAUUCUAGCACAAUCUGUUGAAUCAGUUCCUGAAUGGGCCACUUGCAUACGGUAUGCAGUUACUGGCAAAGGGAAAUAUGGAACAAGAGUUCCUCUGCUGAGGCAGAAAAUUCUUGAUGCUUUGAUGACACCUUUACCUCCAACAGUAGCUACCACUGUAACAGCCAAGCGAUAUGCUUUCCUGGCAGCUGCGCUGAUAGAAAUAUCCCCACAGAAAAUGGCAGUUGCUGAAAUCCAGCUCCACAAUAUACUCUUGAAUGAAGUUCUUGGUAAUAUGUGCCACUCAUCAGCCCAAGUGAGGGAAGCUCUAGGUGUUACCCUAUCUGUUUUGUGCUCAAACAUUCGACUAUAUCAUUCAAGUCAUCAUGAUGAUACAAGCAGCAAUGUUGAUACUCCGAUGAAAGAUGAAAGCUGGGUUCAGCUUCUUACUGAACGAGCUGCUGAAGCAGUUGUUAACAUUCAGAAUGUUAGCCAAUCAGACAAAGUAACCAAUCCCAUAGAUACGAGAUCUCAAAAUGGGCAUGCAGACAAUGAUUCUCAAGAUGAUACGAAGUGGAUGGAGACGCUACUAUGCUUCAUCAUCUCAUCAUUGAAGUCUGGGAGAUCGUCUUAUCUACUUGAUGUUAUUGUGGGGCUUCUUCAUCCUGUUAUUUCUUUGCAGGAAACCUCGAAUAAAGAUUUAGCAACAGUAGCAAAGGCAGCUUUUGAAUUGCUAAAAUGGAUGAUUGUCUGGGAACCUCACCUCCAGAAGGCUAUCUCUGUGAUUCUUUCUGCUGCCAGUGAUCCUAAUUGGCGAACUAGAUCUGCUACUUUGACAUAUCUGCGCACUUUCAUGUACAGGCACACUUUCAUUCUCUCAAGUCCGAAGAAACAUGAAAUUUGGGGUACUGUUGAGAAGUUACUAGUAGACAACCAAGUUGAGGUAAGAGAACAUGCGGCAGCAGUCUUAGCAGGAUUAAUGAAGAGUGGAGAUGAAGAUAUAGCUAAGGAUUUCCGCAAUAGAGCUUAUGUAGAGGCAAAUAAUGUAUAUAAGAGAAGGAAGUCAAGAAAAUCAAGUUCUAGUUCAUCCAUGGCCUCUGUUCAUGGUGCUGUACUAGCUUUGGCAGCUUCUGUAUUAUCAGCUCCAUAUGAUAUGCCCAGUUGGUUGCCUGAGCAUGUUACAUUGCUGGCUCGUUUCAGUGGGGAGCCCUCCCCUGUGAAAUCUACGGUUACAAAAGCUAUAGCAGAGUUCCGGCGCACUCACGCUGAUACAUGGAAUGUUCAGAAAGAGUUAUUUACAGAAGAGCAACUCGAGAUCCUGGCAGAUACAUCAUCUUCAUCAUCGUAUUUUGCUUGACCUUACAGUCCAAAGAUAUUGCUGUGAUAAUACUAAAAAUAUCAGUUAGAGGAAAAAAUACUUUUCAUUUUGGUGUAACUAUAAUCUGUAAAAAUAGCUCUUAUUUACAUUUGUACCAUUGAUUAUCUUAAUAAUUUUAUUCCUUAUUCCAGCUUCCAUAAGUCGAGUUUUUUGCCUUCCUCAAUUCUGUAAUCUUUCUUACACCAUUGGGUUCAUUAGAUCAUCUGCUUGUAAAUCCCACAAGACACAAUCUGAGUUGAAAAUAUUGGAUAAGUUUCUAAUUUCUUUUGUA